AUGCCCCAUGAUGUAGCUUCACCGGACCACCUCUUGCCAGCCCAUGCUGUCUGCAGUGCUCCCAGCAGUGCUCUGUCCAGUGGUCUCAGUAGUAGUGCUCUGUCCAGUGGUUCCAGUAGUAGUGCUCUGUCCAGUGCUCCCAGUAGUAGUGCUCUGUCCAGUGCUCCCAGUAGCAGUGCUCUGUCCAGUGGUCCCAGUAGUGCUCUCAGUAGUGCUCUGUCCAGUGGUCCCAGUAGUAGUGCUCUGUCCAGUGGUCCCAGUAGUGCUCUCAGUAGUGCUCUGUCCAGUGGUCCCAGUAGUAGUGCUCUAUCCAGUGCUCCCAGCAGUGCGCUGUCCAGUGCUUCCAGUAGUAGUGCUCUGUCCAGUGGUCUUAGUAGUACUCCCCGUAGUGCUCCCAGUAGUGCUCUGUCCAGUGGUCCCAGUAGUAGUGCUCUGUCCAGUGCUCUGUCUAGUGGUCCCAAUAGUGCUCUGUCCAGUGAUCCCAGUAGUGCUCUGUCCAGUGGUCCCAGUAGUAGUGCUCUGUCCAGUGCUCUGUCCAGCAGUGCUCUGUCCAGUGGUCCCAGUAGAGUAGGUAGGUAG